AUGCUCCCGCUAGCCAGAUUCUCCACUCAACUCUCGUUCAGAGCAAGAGAGAUAUCCAAGAGGAUCCAAAAGGCUCUACAGGAACUAGCGGAGAAUAUCCACAGGGAGCGAACUCAGCAACAACAACAAUUCGUACCAAAACCACAACCGGCAUUGGUGCCCGUGCCAGUUAGAAACAGAUCCGGCCCAUUUAUACGCCAGUUCAGCACCUACUCGCAUGCUUCAUUUGCCUAUCAACCAUCAUGGUCGCAUGCCAAGGUUCGCACUUCGUGGGUAAACAAAUACAUGUUCAACAAUCUCCGCAAACCCGUAAAGUCAAACUUGCUCAGAUUGUUGAAUCGUGGAUUUGUUUACCACAACUUUUCGCAGGCCUACCAAAAUAAGUUUAGGUUAAAGUUGCAUCAGCUGAACUUGCGUUACACCUACCGGUUCUUGAUGACGAGGUUAAGGGAGAAAUACCAAGUAUACCCAAUCAAGUCGCAGAAUGUCGAACGCAAGAACCUCCAUGUGAGAUUGAAUGCUUCGAAUACCCCACAGAAUCAUAGACUAAUCUUGGACUUGGCUAGAACCGAGUCUUCAGAGAGUAAAAUUGCUCCACGGUCUAUGGGUAGUUAUAUCGACUACCCAAUCCAUUUUGAUCUCUCUAUUCCCGAAGAGACAAUCCUCACGGGAGAGAUUGUUGAUGAGAUGCUUCACAGUAUCAAGUCAUUUGAAAAGAAACUUCAAGAGCUAAAGCGCGAUCUCACCAAUCUAUUCGAUUUAGGCGAGUUGCCAAUCAAGUAUUUGUCAAAGACCAAUGUUCUCCGAAUUCAUUUCCCCAACUGUGACAGAGAAAGGUUGGAGAAAUUGUGCAUCGAAAAGGGCAUCGUUGGAGGCGUGGUACUUGAAGAAGCAGCAGCAGCAAACAAUGCAAAGACAAAGAGCCCAGCACAAGUGUAUGAGUCUGACGUUCUCAGCUCAUACGGCGACGAGUCGUUGAAUACUUGCAGCAGUGGUGUGUUGAGCACCGAAUCUAGCGAUUUGGUUGAACAUUUGGAAGACCAAGUCGUUGUUAGACCAUGGCAAGAGCUUGCACCUCUUCAGCAAGUGAUCAGCGUGAAUGAAGACUACUAUUUUGCAUAA